AUGUCAGACGAGAGCCUGGAGUCAUCUGCAACUGCACGCAAUAAACGAAGCUGCAGGCGAUGCAAUGAGAGAAAAGUGCGAUGCGAUCGAAUUAACCCUUGCGGUGCAUGCGUCAAGGCUGGGAAUCUUUGCGUUUUUCCACAACCCAAACGCAAGCCGAGGACGCUUAAUCGACCUCCGGUAGGCGUGCUGCUCACUCGCUUGAGAGAGCUCGAAACAGAAGUCCAUCGGCUUCGGUCUUCGAAGCAUAAUGAAUCGAAUGAGGAUCCCCAACACCAGUCAAGCAGAUCAUCUACAUUAAGUUCUGAUCAGUCUUCCCGGCCACCACAUGUUGAUCCAAAUCCCUUUCGUCUGGUGCAAGGGGGGUUAUUUGGGCGCAGCAAUCACUCUUGGCCUCAAAAUACCUUCCGACAACAGUACCUUCAGUCGUCGCAAAUUGAAAUUCUUUGGCAUGUAUAUCAGAAGAACGUUGCGCCAUUGAUCGCCAUUCUCCACCGUGCUACCACGGCUCAGCUUGUUCAAGAUGUAUCAAAGGGCCUGAGCAUUGAUCCCGCUAGUGAGGCGCUUCUGCUCUCCGUUUGCUUUGCCGCGGUGGUCAGUAUGGAUCCCAUCCAAUGUCAACAGGAAUUGAAGCUGGAACAUCGCACGGCUAUACGCAAUUAUGAAACUGCGGUAGAUCAGGCGCUGAGCCGAGCCAAUCUCAUCAAAUCGGAGGAAGUAGUCACCCUACAAGCUGCAGUAUUAUAUUUACUCUGCGCGCGUGUGGACGGGGAUACAAGAAUUGUCUGGGCCGAGUCUGCCGUGGCCAUUCGUCUUGCACAGGCACAGGGUAUCCACCGCGAUGGGAAGAGCCUUGGGCUAUCAGCAUUCCAAACAGAGAUCCGUCGACGUCUAUGGUGGUAUAUUUGCAUAUUGGAUAUGCUCUGCUCAGAAGAUCAGGCCGUGGAGAUGCAGAUCAGACCCGGGACGUUCGAUACACAAUUUCCGGUAAAUUUGGACGGUGACGAGCUCGAACCGGACAUGCUCGAGCUUCCGGCUGAGAAAAAGGGCUUUACCGAUAUCACUCUGUGUAUCAUCACUUCUAUUAUGAUUAAUGAAGUGCACCUAUCGCCACCCCCAUUGAACUCAGGCAUUUCGUUGCAAGACCGAAAACAUCGGAUCGAAUCUGUGGGUGAAAUUCUUCAUGAACGAUAUCUAAACCAUUUCAACUUGGAUAUCCCUAUACACUGGGUAUCCGCUACAAUUGCUCGUCUUCAUUUAUCAAAGGCCUGGGUCUCAGUGCAUUCACAGAUUUCAGCCUCAGAUCUACAUGGAAGCGAAUCCGAAUACAAAGACUCGGUAUUUCGGACGGCUGUUGAGCUUCUUGAAUUCGCACUUUUCCUGCAAACCAAUCAUGUCACCACACAAUGGAGCUGGCUUUGCAGAAGUUACAAACAGAAGGAUGUUGUCGCUUACAUGAUGUCCGAGUUAAGUGCUCGCCCACUUGGUCCUGAAACGGAUCGUGCUUGGGAUGUGGUGACCAAAAUGACUUCCAUGUGGAAGCAGGGUCCGCCAGGCACGGAUGGUGUACUUGAACAGCACAUCAUUGAGCUGAUCGAGCGUAUUGAUCUACUACGAGAGGCUAAGCUGGAAAGCGAACUACAAUUUAGAUAG